AUGACAGCCAUGGAAAACGCAGUCAUUCUAGUGAUGAUCGUCUUUCUGUCACUGCAAAUGAUUGUCUCGGCCGAUCAUUCGAAGUGCCGCCGCCUGCUAGACUUUAUCUGUGUUGUGGACGGGUCAGAUAGUAUCAACGAAGAGAACUUUCAAACUUUACGCGAGGUCGUGGAGGAAAUGGUAGACGAAUUCAAGAUAUCUCCCGGGGAGGUCCGUAUGGGCAUUGUCGUAUUCAGCACAUCUAUCGCAAUGAUACAGAACCUGACUUCCGAUAGGGUCAAACUCAAAAUAGAAAUUGGACGUCUUCCGCAUCCCCAAGAGGGAACCAACACAGCACGGGGCAUCAAAAUGAUGCACGAACUUUUUACGUCCGACCCUCUACGGGAAAAACGUCCUGAUAUACCUGCCGUAGGUAUGGUCCUUACGGACGGACGCUCCAAAAGUAUGACUAAAACUUUAAGGCAGGCAAGAAGAGCAAGGAAUGAUGGUAUUGAGAUGUUUGCGGUGGGAAUCUCGGACCUCGUUAACAAAACGGAACUAAACGGAAUAGCUUCACGCGAGGAAAACGUACUAACGGUAAAAUCCUUCGCACAACUCAAAGACUCGAUCGACCGUCUGGUGAAAAUGGUCUGUCCAACACCCACAACAACUACAACUACACCCACUACAACAACGACCACACCCACAACAACUACAACUACACCCACUACAACAACGACACCUACGACAACGAAACAACCAACGUUUGUAAAAUCAGCUUUUAGAAAGCAACUCAAGAUAGUGAACAUCCGAAAAAUGUCCAUCAAACAGAAGAAAGAGCAGUCAAUAAAAGCACCGGGGUGGGUCAAAGGUCCCUGUGACGACUGCAGUAUGAUGAAUGGCGUGGGUUAUAAUCCACACCCCAAAAUCUGUAGCAAGUUUACACAAUGUUACUUCGGACCGCACGGAAAUAUGAGAGCCGCCUACCGAGAAUGUCCAUUUGGAUUCUUCUUUGACACUAACGUGUUGUCAUGUCGUCUGUCGUUCCAGUCACACUGUAACAAUGAUAAGUGUAUGUUACGACCCAAACUGAAAUCAUAUCCAUACAAAGGCAUUCAGAACUGUCGAGCAUACUGGCUGUGUAAAAAUGGUAGAUCUGCGGCAAGAUGUUGUGAUAAGGGUUUUCGGUACCGGCGCUGGGGAGGCAAGCAUAAAUGUGUCAAAGAUCCCGGAUGUCAGGAUGAAUGCCCGCCAACAAUCACGUCCAUAUCAAUAUGUGAGACCCGUCUGGUGUUUGGUAACCCUAAAAUCUACGAGCAGUUCAUCAAAGGAUGGAACAUGUGGAUACCACGCCCAUGCGCACCCGGAAGUCAGUAUAACGCGGACAAGUGUGCGUGUACUGGACAUACAACGCACGUGCCUGACAAGCGAACAUGUAAACCUGAAGUAUACCUUCCGUUUACCAAGAAUUUAAAGGAUCAGUCGGGAUCACACAGCUAUGUUCAAAACUACAAUGUGAGACAAACAAAAGAGGGAUAUGCCUAUUUCAAUGGAAGAUCGAAGCUUAUCAUUCCAAGAUAUUCGAAUGCAGAAUUCAAGGACCUCGUGAUUAAAAUCCGUUUUAAAGCCAAGAUGUCGCAUACAACGCUAGCCAUGAGGCGUAAAUUGACGGCGUUGGUUAGUAACAGUGACUGCUGCAAUGAUGACGUGUCGUUACUGAUGAUCCUCGGUAAAUCAUCUCUACAUUAUAUGGCAAUAUCCCAAAAUAGGAAGAUGUCCAAAUUUAUCCUCCCUGUUUGCGAUGACUGGAACACUGCGUACUUUGUCCAUGAUACGAAGACUCUGUACGGCCGCUGUAAUUCAAAGGAGAAAACCAGGCCUUUACGGGGUAAUAUCAAAAGAACCCACACAGGAAUCCACAUUGGAUACGGACGGGGAUUUAACAGUUUUAAAGGCUACAUUGACGAGAUCAAGAUAUACAGAUGUCAGCCGGAUCUGGAUGAGAUUUAAAAGCGAUCUUUGAUGGAAUUUUCUAAACCAUGUUAAGAAUUUAAUCUUUAAUCGAAAGCAAUUAAAUUGGUUUUUACCUGCGUAAGCAUUUUGUACUUGUGAAAAAAGCAAAAAGCAAAAAAUAAAUGAAUUAAAAUGUAAUGUGUACUACUUUCAUUGGCCGGCAACAUAAAUUUUACGCUUUUA